AUGCGCUUCCAUCUCGUGGCCCUUCUCACUUUUCCAAUUGCCAUUUCCUCAAGCGCUUCGACAUCAUUUGACUACAUAAUAAUUGGUGGUGGCACUGCUGGCCUUGUUCUCGCAAACCGUCUCUCCAGCGAUUCUAACAUCUCAGUCGCGGUAAUCGAAGCAGGUGACUCAGUCUUCAACAACCCCAAUGUGACAUCUGUCACGGUCUUUGGUCUCUCCCUGGGCUCCUCAAUCGACUGGUCGUACAUCUCUAGACCUCAGAAGUAUACGGGAAAUCGUACAUUAACAUACAAUGCCGGAAAAGCGCUCGGGGGGACCAGCACAAUCAAUGGAAUGACGUAUUUGCGAGCUGAGAAGGUGCAGAUUGAUGCUUGGGAGAAGCUCGGGAACGAAGGUUGGAAUUGGGAGGGAUUAUGGCCUUAUUAUUUAAAGAAGGAAGCUUUCCAACACCCAACCGAAGUGCAGACGGAAAAUGGGGCGACAUUUGAGAGUGAGGCGCAUGGGUUUAAUGGAGCGGUAGCUGUGGGUUGGAGCAAGUAUCUGAUGGGACAGAAUAUGUCGGAUAUACUACGCCAGACAUCAGAAGCCCUUGGGUACCAUGCUAAUUCAGAUGCGAACGAUGGUUCUAUGUCAGGAUUCACGACAUGGCCGCUCACGCUGAAUGCGACGACGAACAUCCGGGAAGAUGCUGCUCGGGCAUACUACUAUCCUAUUAGUGGGUCUCGACCAAAUCUUUGCCUCUUUCUCAACACUACAGCGACGCGAAUCGUGUGGGAAGAUUCGUCUAAAGAUUCGAUAAUGCACGCUCGUGGCGUCGAAGUCAUCACACCAACCAAUUCCACCGAAACCCUGUACACGACAGGAGAGGUAAUAAUCUCAGCUGGGUCCAUUAGAUCUCCUGCACUCCUCGAAACCUCCGGCGUUGGAAAUCCAGCAGUACUUGAGAAGUUCGGCAUUGAUCCAGUAAUUCCUCUCCUAGGAGUUGGCGCUAAUCUUCAAGAUCAACCCAACAUUGUGAUAUCGUAUUCUUCUCCAGUCAACUGGACGGGCUAUCCCAGCUUCGUCACGUAUCUUACAGCAAAGGAUCUUUUCGGCGCCGACUUUGAUUCCAUCUCGAGAUCAGUCCAUUCCAACAUCAGCCGGUAUGCUGCGACAGUCACCGCAGAUUUAGGCUCCGCCAACGAAACAACUAUCUCCAACCAAGAACGCCUUCUCAAACUCCAAGCAGACCUUAUAUUUAACUCCAACAGCACCGUCCCACUCGCAGAGCUUCUCUGGGCCCCAGGGCCAUUUUCGAUAUCUUCUGCUUUUUGGAACCUGCUACCAUUCUCCCGUGGUAGCGUCCACAUUGGCGCCUCAGAUCCCAUGGUUGAACCAAGUAUCGAUGCCAAUUUCUUCCAGCUGCCAAUUGAUGAAUAUGUGCAAGCAGCAGCAGCCCAUCGCCUACGGCAGCUCUUCAAAACUCCGCCGCUAUCGACAUACGUUACGAGUGAACUUGCGCCUAGCUUUACGAUAGUGCCUGAGGGUGCCGACUAUGGAGAUGGGAGUUGGGAGCAGUGGAUUAAAGCUGGUUAUAGUACUAAUCAGCAUCCGGUUAGCACUUGCGCUAUGAUGGGUAAAGAGCUUGGAGGUGUAGUGGAUAGUGAGGGAAGAGUAUACGGAAGUGGAAAUGUCAGAGUUGUGGAUGCGAGCGUGAUUCCGAUGCAGGUCAGCGGGCAUUUGAGUGCCACGGUGUAUGCUCUUGCAGAGAAGAUGGCUGAGAGGAUUUUGAGUGAUAGAGGUAGAGGGGUUAGAUGACAAAAGUGCUCCCAGAGCCCCAUGACCGAGUCAGAGUAUAAGAAGGAUUGCAGACCUCACAACUACUAUUUAAAGCAUGUUCUUGUUUGGUAGGAAUUGGAGUCUGCGAGGACAAUGCAUAUGAUUAGCGAUUGUCGUCUGGAUGUAGG